UCAUGACGCUGCAUAAACACUCAUCAAUAUUCAUAACAGACGGCUGCUUCUUCCUCUCGUGCAACGAACGGGCUGCAUGCACAUCUCAGACGUUGGCCGCGGCCCACUGCCUGGUCGUGGGCAGACGGGAGCAGGUAAGAUGAACAACAAAUGGCCUGGAAAACAACAGACACCAUAACUUGGUACCAGAAAAAGAUAAAAGAGGUCCAACCUGCUAACCAUUUCCUGAUGAUUGGAGCAUACGAUCAACAAGUCUGGGAAAAGUCCAUUGAGCAAACAGAGAUUAAGGGCCUGAGAAGUAAACCAAAGAAGACUGGCCGAAUAAAGUCUGAUCUGAUUGAUGUGGACCUUGUAAGGGGAUCAACUUUUGUCAAAGCUAAGCCCGAAAGUCCGUGGACUGCUUUAACACGGAAAGGCAUAGUACGAGUGUUGUUCUUUCCAUUUUUCUGCCAUUGGUGGAUCCAGGUAACCUCACUGGGCAUCUUCGCAUGGCUUCUGCUUCUCUACAUCUUAGAAGUGAUAGCAAUCGGCUUAUAUUUGCUGGUUCCAGUGUUGUACGUCAGUGAAAUUGUCAGCCCCAUGGUUCUGAUGCUGCUGCUGGGGACAGUUCACUGCCAGAUAGUCUCAACCCAGAGGCAAACGCAGUCACCCACAAAUGGAGGGAAGCGCAAGAGAACUACGCAAUCGAGGCAUUUAUCUAGAAAGAUUGGGCGCUGCACUACGAUUCCUGUGUCCAACAAUGGGAGAGAUGCGCAGCACCGAGCUGCAAAUCGAGGUUCAGAGGAUAAUUCCAGUGAGGAAACGGAAAGCCAAGCACGGCAUUUGCUAAGCCAGCAGAAAGUGAAGGGGACAUUAACAAUGUUACGAUUCCGAAGAAGUGCCCAGGUCAAAGCAGCUGCAGUUUCUGAGGGCAGAGAGAGAAUCCCAAGGUGGGAGAUUCCAAAGCGAGACUCCGACAGCUUGCAAGACUCCGAGUUUGAAUCGGCAGCCCCAAAUCCGGAUAAUUCCUACAUGAGCUUCAGCUCCCUGAGCUGCAGUAAUUCCCGUCAGGACUCUGAGAGCAGUCGGCAUGGGUCAGAGACUGAGGAUAUGCUAUGGGAUGAUCUCCUAAAUGGGCCUCGAUGCCAUUCCUCCUACAGUAGUGAGAGUGAGUGUGAUAGUGUGCAGAGAGUGUCUCUGCAGAAGAAAGAGUCCAAAGAUGAACAGAACCACCUGCACUGGUUGUACAGCAGCAGCCAGAGUUUGGACCGAGUCAGCGCCAUUAUAUGGGAAGGAAAUGAAUGCAAAAAAUUUGAUAUGUCUGUACUGGAGAUCAGUGGAAUGAUCAUGAAGCGGGCGAAUACGUUUGAGCAGCAUAAUGGUUACCGGAUCCUGGGAUAUGUGGUGACGGCUGUUCUCACCUUGCUACCUUUUGCAUUUCGUCUUUUCCAACAGAAGAACCUGGACCAGUUAGCUUCCUCCUCUCUCUCUGAGUUACUGACAAUCAGUUGUGGUGGGAAGCCUGAUGGGCCUCUUGUUGUCUUGGUGCUGAUUAACAUUUUGGAGCGGUUCUGUCUGAUGUGGAUGUUUUUCUUCAUUCUUUGUGUGGCAGAGAGAACAUAUAAGCAGCGCUUGCUGUUUGCCAAGCUGUUCAGUCACCUGACAUCAGCUAGGAAGGCUCGCAAGUCUGAGAUUCCUCAUUUCAGGCUGAAAAAAGUGCAGAAUAUUAAGAUGUGGUUGUCUCUUCGCUCAUACCUAAAGAGGCGGGGCCCUCAGCGAUCAGUUGAUGUAAUUGUUUCGUCAGCAUUUUUACUUACUUUGUCCAUUGCUUUUGUCUGCUGUGCUCAGAUCCUGCAUGGUCACAGCAGCUUCUUGGAUUCUUUGUAUAACUGGGAGCUCCUCAUCUGGGAGGCAUCACUGGCUGUUUUCCUGCUGAGGCUAGUUACGUUGGGGUCCGAAGUCAGUAGAAAAUACAAUAAUAUUUCCAUCUUGCUCACAGAACAGAUCAAUUUAUACCUUAAAAUGGAAACCAAACCCAAUAAGAAGGAACAGCUUACCCUUGUCAACAAUGUGUUGAAACUUGCCACAAAAUUACUUAAGGAGCUGGACUCCCCUUUCAGACUCUAUGGACUGACCACAAAUCCACUGCUGUAUAACAUCACCCGGGUUGUCAUUCUGUCUGCUGUCUCUGGAGUGAUUAGUGAUUUGCUGGGUUUUAAUCUAAGGCUGUGGAAGAUCAAGUAAUCUGCAGGAGUUGAGGUGGAGAAAGAAGAUACUCAAACUGUCCAAGAUGAAGAAUGUUCUGUCUACUCAAUUAACCUGAUUUAGUAAUAUGAACAUCUCCCUCCAGUUACCAGAUCACAGAGCAGGUUGGAGAGUGUUUGUCAUUUUCCUCCCUGUCAGACUUGAUGCUUACACUAGCAAAUGGGGAUGACCUGGGGUGAAAGUAACUUAAAAGUUCUUUGAUUGUACAAGUAAAUGUAGCUCAUUGUAAUCAUUUGUAUUUUCACACCAGGACAUAAAUGGACGUGGAGGAAGAAAGCAUGUUUUACCCCUAGUCCAGGGGCCCCCAACCUGAGGUCCCUAGACCCCUCAGUUAAUGGUAGGGCUCCAUUACCAAAAAAAAGGGAACCCCUGCUGUAGGAUUAUUUCUUCCACAUUCAUCCAGGCCCUUUGGUUUAAGCACUGGCUGAAUUUCACAUGACUACUGGUCCCGUUUUCCCCCUUCCUUCCUCCUCCCCCAAACAAAAUCCAUGUGUGGUAAAAUACUUAAUUUAAGUUCCUGCAGAGCAGGUUAAACUAUAUAGCCCAAGGCUGGUACUAUAACUUGUAUCCAUGGACAGAAGGUGCCGCUAAAAUCAUGUUGUUUAAGUAAUGGCCUGAUGGCCAAUUGUCACAGUUGGUCUGUAAUGUUAGAAGUGAAAUCUGCCAGUUCUAAUUAUUGCCAGCUUAGCUU